CGACUAAAUGCAAUGUCCCAUCACCAUCUCCCCACUAUAAAUACAUCUGGAUGAUUAGUAGACAGACAUAUAUUGACCCAGUUCCAGAUUUUGAACAGAUUAAAAUACCAGAUGAGGUAAAAGAGAUGCUGACACCAUUUAAUGAGUUUUACGGCAUUAGUGCAAGUAAAACCCCCAUAAGUGUUUCUCUGUCUUCUCGAUUUGAUGCAAUGUUUGAAGUUGACCCUGCUCAUACAACAUUUGAAUCCCUUAAGAAAUGGCGAGAUGACAGCAUAGACCUUUUCAAGAGGUUCAUUGGCCUGAAGGCAUAUAAAGAUGCUCUAAAUGCACUGCCCAAAGUUAAAACUUUCUGAGGUUUGCCAAGUUAAUACCCAGGCCUUGCUGCAUUUCGUCCUCGAACACAUGCAUCAUCUUAAAUAUCUUCAGUUGAGAAAGGACGACCUGUGCUACAAGGACUUUUGGGAAUUGCUUUUUUGGCUGAAGAGGCAGUUCUUGAAAAGCAAAGUUAUAUGCUUAUUGGAAGAUAUGACAUCAAAAAUCUGAUGCGACUUGAUCCAGCUAGUACAUACUUACCAACUUCAGUUCAUUAUCCGAACUCAGAAAAUAAUGCUUCUGAUGCUAAAGAGGUUGAAAAGAGAAUAAGCAAUCUAGUACUGAAUCUGAGGCCUAUCAAGAAGGAGAACCUGAUUCGCGAUGAUAGCAAACUUGUUCUUUUGGCAUCCUUGAGCGAUUCAUUGGAUUUGUUGCAGACUUUGUAGAAGGGUAAGUUAUUACUCCCUCCGUCCAAAAUUAAUGUUCCCAGUUUGACUUGGCACGCAAGUUUAUGUGGAAUGAAAAUUGGUUUGACUU